CUCUGCUGUGUCCACGUCGCUUGCUCCUGCGGUGUUGAAGUACGUGUCGUCCUUCCUCUACAGGGAUUGGAAGGUGACCCGAGCCACUGCUUCGACUGAUAGGUCCAUGGUGAAGCGUCUGCCAGGUGCCUUCUGUUCCACCUUCACCGCUGCCUCCUGUUGCCGCGCCGCUGACAUCCACCCCUUCCGCGUCAUCUGCAGUGUCCCGGCCCGCUCGCUCCGCUGCCCUCAUUUCCUGCCACGCUACGGACGCGAUGCUGUAGCAGCUCGGGACAGCACCACCACCUUGCUGACCACGCCGCAGCCGCAGACUCUUCCCCCUCAACAGCUGCUCGGAAGAUGGCGAGCAGCAUAUAUUCACCAUGCUGUGUGCUAUUUCGAGUUGUGUAUCAAAUAUACCCAAACGUGUAUACAUGUAGUACAUGGAAAAAUAUGUGACUUGUUUGGGACAUCAUCCUUAAUACCUGCCAUACAAAAAAUUAAACAUCCCUAUCUUACCCUAGAUACUCCAAACAAAAAACACCACACCCCAUCAAUUUAUCACGUCUUCUUUUCUCCCCAUUUUCCUAAACCAACCACCACCAACAAACCCCAUCGAAUGUCUUCUUUCCUCCAUACUUUCCUAAAUUAUCAGCCUCAUUUCCGAUCCCACAAGUGCUUUCCCCUAAGGUACCAUUGGCCCACACUGAAGCACAAAGGCGACGGUCAGAGGGACGGAGCAACAACGCAGUCCCCGUCCCAGUGACAAAAGAAAAUGGUACAGCUGAAGAAAACAGUGUCGAUGGGCCACCUAUUGUGCACUCAGUUCGUGAUAAAUUGACCGAUAAGAGUGUGUGUGUGUGUAGUGCUGACAAAUAGCCAGUGACGGAGGGCAAGAA